AUGUUGGUUCUGAUAUUUUUUAAGUUCUUCACACUGGUGGGUGGGGAGAACCCGGGCCGGGGAAGCCCGGAGCAGAACUGGCUGAUAUGCCUGAAGGCCGACCUGAAGAUGUUCGAUACCAGACAUGGCUCCACGCCCGACAAGCGGAGCUUCUUCGGAAUCCCGAAGCCAGACUGGGACGAGGCGGCGAAGGUGGAGGGGGGGGUACCGUGGCACGCACCAGUGCCAGGAGCCAAGCUCAUUGGAUACGUCGACGACCUCCAAGUGCAUCUUCCAUCAGGUUUGGCUAGAAAUGUUCAGGCCAUCGCCACCGUAACCAACUGGAUCCAAGACCACCUGCUGCAAAAAGGCAUUGAGCUCAGCCUCCCGAAAUCGAAAGUCCUUUUCCCAGAAGGAUUAUUCUUCUCCUCUUUGACAAACGACGAACAGCGAGAUUUGACGAAAACGGGUCUCUCGGUUGCUGAAGGUGGUAUGGCCAUUGUUGGAGUCCCAGUAGGGACAGAGUGCUUCCAGAGGAGUUUCGUCACCAACUUCGCCCGCGGUAACCCUGCUGAGUUGAUACGCCGCCUUUCCACACUUGACGACCCGCAAGAAAGCUACCAACUGCUACGUUUGUCUGGCGUUCCACGCUUCUUUCAUCUGCUGAGAUCGAUUGCACCGAGCAUUACCAACACUGCCGCAAGAGAACAUGACAACCUGAUGAUAUGGGCAGUAAGCAAGAUCGUUCUCGGCAAAAUGGCAAACACUGUGGGAAUUCCAACCGUGGAAGAGGUACGCGCAAACCCAGAGAAGAGUGAGGUCG